AUGUCGAAUCGUGCCGUGGGAGGGUUGCUGCAGCGCCUUGGCUUCAAGCGCCGUAGGGGUAGGAUCAAAAUACCCCCGUUGAACGAGGAGAGGAAAAACCGCAUCCGCCUCUUCCUUGUUAAGAUGGACCUCGCGAAGAGGGCCGAGGACGCUGGGGUCGCAGUCAUUGUGUACAUGGAUGAGAGCUUUGUUCACCAGGCGCAUGGUUCCGCGUACUCGUACUUUCCUUCUGACGAUAAGGGGGUUGUGCAGGAUGGGAUAGGCCGUACAACGGGGAAAGGUUUGCGUAUGAUCAUGGUGCAUGCGAUCACGAAGCACGGGCCCUUGGCCGAGCUACAGGAGGGAUUUCCUAUCCGUGAGGGUUGGUUCAAGGCUAAGGAAAAUCGUGCGAAGAAGAUUAAGCCUGGCGAGGCGGAUUUCGAAAUGUCAGAUGAGCAGACAGCAGAAUUUCUGUGGCAGGCCAAGUUGGCAACCGGAGAUUAUCAUAACGCCAUGACGGAUGGGAUGUUCAUGCAGUGGUUGAAGCACCGACUUACCCCGGCCUUCGAUGCGCAGUUCAAGAACAAGAAGAUGUUUCUCGUUCUCGAUAACGCCUCAUACCACCACUGCUUUGACGAGGAGGUUAAGGUGCCCGAAACCAACAGUAAGAAGUACAACGUCGAACUCUUGCGCAAGUACGGCUGCUGA